UAAAAUUUAGUUCACAUAUGCAUGCUUAACAGUACAUUCGUGUGUACAGGAACUGUAGUAAAUGGAUACAGAAUCCUCCCUACUGCACCCACACCAUUACACAAUUGAAGAAUGGCUUCAAGAUUUGAAUUAAAAGCGUCAGCCAUUGCGGCGACGGCUUCUAAGAGAGCUAUCAUAGAAGACCAAACAUCUUAUGAUGCACUAGGUAUUCCUUUAUCUGAUGACGAAACUGUUCAACUAGAUCCAAAUGCAAGUGUUCACGGUUUGGUGUGUAAGUCCCAUUCAGAGAAUGGCCAUCAAAAUCCUCUGUCAAAUGAGGCAAUAGCAAGAGACGCACGCAAUGGUAGAUCAGCUGAGGAUAAUUUACAUGAUGAAAAUGUAUUGAUCGCUACCCGAUUGGAUAGAAGUGAACUUGACGCUCUGAGCCCUUGGUCUUUUGCAGAUCUAAAUACGCAGCGACUUCGUGUUUUGAAUGGACAUGACGAAUUAUCGUCUGCUUUAUCAAAAGAUAGUAAGUGUUACUUAGUUCCAUCUUCCAGCAUUUCCGGAAAACCUAUUCCAGACGGAAGUAUUGCAAUUCCAAUGUAUUUAGUAGUGGAAAAACCAGAGUCAACGCCUGUGACUUACGACGUGUCAGGGAAUAGUUUAACAGACAGUCCAAGCAAACCGCAGGCAGAAUGUGCAGUAUCUUCAAGUGACCCCUUUAUCUCAUCAGAAAACAACGAGGCGCGUGCUUGCGGUGAAAGUGAACUACCAGGAAACAAGAAGAAAACGAAAGGCAAAAGUUUAACAUUCCCCCCGUGCCAGGUUUGCGAAGGGGUAUCUUCAGGAAUACAUUUUGGUUGCUAUACAUGCGAGGCAUGUAAGAACUUUUUCCGAAGAUGUUUGAAAAGAAAACGCGAGGAAAACAUAGGAUUGAAAAAGUCGAGGGAUAUUUUCACUUGUCAUGCAAACAAAAAAUGCGACACGACGCAUGGAACUGCCAAAAUUUAUUGCUCUGCGUGCCGCUUCGACAAAUGCCUGAACAUAGGUAUGGCGACUGAAAAAGUUAAAAAGGGACGAAUAUCUUAUGCCCAGAGAACUGAGACAAUUAAACAGGUGCGAAUGCUAGAGGGGAAAGAGGUGAUUGUCUCGCCGAAUGAAGCUUCCACUAGGGCUACAGCGGGUAUAGAUAAGAAUUCUACAGUUCCUACCGCUUUAGAUAUGUGUGUGGCAAUGCUUUCAAGCAAUAUUACCAAAUUACAAGACCCGUGUGAAAAUGUAUGUGUGUCAGCAGACCUUGUGGAAAGCCUGGUUCAGAAUAUGGAUAAAAUGAAAAUUUUGGGAGAGGAAAUGUCGAUAGCUGAGGUUCGGGAGGCGAGAAUUAAAGAACAUUACGAAAACUACAUGACAAAAGUAGCAAUGUUUGGAUCUAUGAAUGGUGUGUCAAAAGACGAAUAUCACAACCUUCUGAAAAACUACGAUAUUGACAUAGAUGAUCAAUGGAAGGUGUUCAAGGAUUUCGCUCUUAAUUUGGAGUCAGUUAUUGGCCGUUAUUGCAGAUUCGCCAAACAGCUUCCAAACUUCGCUAAACUGUCUUUAAAUGAUCAGGUAUCUCUUUUGAAGCACACGCAUUGUGACUUCUUCAUAUUGAUGCUACACAAGGGCUACAAGCCGGAAUACAACGUCUUCGUGGAACUAAAUGGGAUGAUUUACCACGUGGAGGAGGCAUCGGACCGAUUCCUAUCCAGAGACUCCGUGUCUCUUAUGGUGCAGAUGUUUGACCGGCUUCAAAAACUCAACCUUACCGAUGGCGAAACGGCCUUAGUUGGAGCUAUCAUAACAAUGUCGUCGGACCGAUGUGAGCUGGAAAAUCCAAUGUUAGUAGAAAGCACUCAGUUGGACUUGUGUAAUUUAUUAAGGCAAAACAUGAAAGAUUUGUACGGUGAACGAAAUGGGUCAAUCCGUUUCGCGAAAAUUAUUGACUGCUUGACGACAUUGCGCCAGGUGUCAGUGCAGUAUUACAAAGACUACAGGAGUAUUUGUGAGGACAAACUAGUUCAAAAAGAAACCCCAUUAUUUGAUAUUCUGCUUCCUGAGAACGACGUUUAAUUGUUUUGUUUAUUUUAUUCACCUUCAAAUGUAAUCGUUUAUGAAUGUAAAGAUAUCAAGGUAUUUUUCUGUGAUUAUAAAAAAGGAAAGGCUCACUGAA